CCUCUCGCCCUCCCCACCCCAAGGGCUCCCGCUCCGUUUGCUGCAUUCCCGGAGCAGCUGGCGGCUGCGGGCGGCCGGUGUGCGGGCGAGCCUGCCCCUGCCAGGCUGAGCGGGCAGUGCCGGGGCCACGGCGGCAGCGGCCAAAGAUGCGCCCCGCUCGGCCGCUCCCGCACUGAGAGUCUGAGGCCCGCCCGCCGCCCCCGCCCGCCAUGUCGCAGAUGCUGCACAUCGAGAUCCCCAACUUCGGGAACACCGUGCUCGGCUGCCUCAACGAGCAGCGUCUGCUGGGCCUCUACUGCGAUGUGUCCAUUGUGGUCAAGGGCCAGGCCUUCAAGGCCCAUCGGGCCGUCCUGGCCGCCAGCAGCCUCUACUUCCGCGACCUGUUCAGCGGCAACAGCAAGAGCGCCUUCGAGCUGCCGGGCACCGUGCCGCCCGCCUGCUUCCAGCAGAUCCUGUCCUUCUGCUACACGGGCAGGCUGACCAUGGCGGCCAGCGAGCAGCUCGUGGUCAUGUACACGGCCGGCUUCCUGCAGAUCCAGCACAUCGUGGAGCGCGGCACGGACCUCAUGUUCAAGGUGAGCUCGCCCCACUGCGACUCGCAGACCGCUAUGAUCGAGGACGCCAGCUCCGAGCCCCAGAGCCCCUGCAACCAGCUGCAGCCGGUCACCGCCGCGCCCCCCUACGUCGUGUCCCCCUCCGUGCCCAUCCCGCUGCUGACCCGCGUCAAGCAUGAAGCCGUGGAGCUGCCGCUGGCCGCGGGCCCAGGCCUGGCCCCCAAGCGCCCGCUGGAGACAGGGGCCCGGGACGGCGCGGCAGCGGCGACGGGCCCCGCGGUGGCGGCAGGCACGGCCCCCCUCAAGCUGCCCCGGGUCUCCUACUACGGGGUGCCCAGCCUGGCCACCCUCAUCCCCAGCAUCCAGCAGGCGCAGUACUCCCAGGGGGAGCGGACCAGCCCGGGGGCCAGCAGCCUGCCCACCACCGACAGCCCCACCUCCUACCACAACGAAGAGGAUGACGAGGAUGACGAGGCCUACGACACCAUGGUGGAGGAGCAGUACGGCCACAUGUACGUCAAGGCCGCGGGCAGCUACGCAGUGCAAGAGAAGCCGGAGCCCGUGCCACUGGAGAGCCGUUCCUGCGUCCUCAUCCGCCGCGACCUGGUGGCCCUGCCCGCCAGCCUCAUCAGCCAGAUCGGGUACCGCUGCCACCCCAAGCUCUACUCCGAGGGGGACCCCGGCGAGAAGCUGGAGCUGGUGGCAGGCUCCGGCGUCUACAUCACGCGUGGCCAGCUGAUGAACUGCCACCUGUGCGCGGGGGUGAAGCACAAGGUGCUGCUGCGGCGCCUCCUCGCCACCUUCUUCGACAGGAACACGCUAGCCAACAGCUGUGGCACGGGCAUCCGCUCGUCCACCAGUGACCCGAGCCGCAAGCCGCUGGACAGCCGCGUCCUGAACGCUGUGAAAUUGUACUGUCAGAACUUCGCCCCCAGCUUCAAGGAGAGCGAGAUGAACGUGAUCGCCGCGGACAUGUGCACCAAUGCCCGCCGCGUCCGCAAGCGCUGGCUGCCCAAGAUCAAGUCCAUGCUGCCCGAGGGCGUGGAGAUGUACCGCACGGUCAUGGGCUCCUCGGCCGCCAGCGCGCCCCUGGACCCCGAGUUCCCGCCCGCCACCGCGCAGGUGUUUGAGCAGCGCAUCUGUGCCGAGCGGCGGGGCGACGCAGCCGCCAUCGUGGCUCUGAGAACUGACGCUGUGAAUGUCGACCUGGGCACCUCCGCCAACCCCACCUUCGAGGCCGGCUCGGAGGCCGACGGGGCCGGCUCGGUCGUCCAGGAGGUGGCCGCGCCUGAGCCGCUGCCUGCCGAGGGCCAGAGCCCCCCGCAGCCCUUCGAGCAGGGCAGCGCCAGCAGCAGCCGGCCCGCGACGCCGGCCGCAGGGAGGAGACCGGAGGGCCCGUACGCAGGGACCUUGUAGGGGCCCGAGGCCGGACGGGGCGCCAAGGCGGGUACUGAAGCUGCUUGCAUGCGUUACUAAUACAGACAGAUGUGGUCAAGCCACUUACCUACUGAACUGCUACUGUUGCCUGAAAAAAAUGUGAUUUUUAUUCUGCUUGUAUUUAAAAUUCAUGAAGGAAACAAAUGCAUUCGUUAUACUGUAAACGAUUAGGCCCCUGGCGACCUAGUUGCGAGGAAGGUCCCGGGGCUCCUUUUUGAUAUUCGAGAGGUUAGUCUCCACAUUGUAGCUUUCCCUCCCCCUGUUCGGGGAGGGGGCGAGAGGCCGCCAGACCCUGGUGCCCGGCCUCCUGCCCCCACGGCUCCCUCUGCCUGGGGCGAAGCCAGGGGCCUGUGGGGCGGGAGCACGUGUCUCGGGACCCUCGUUCCUUUCCCGUGGGGACCCCCCCACUCCUCCGGGACCACGGGCCAGGGCUGGGCCCCCAGGGGCCAAACUCCUUGUUCUCCCUUCUUCCUGAGACUCGGGGCUCAGGCCCGCCGGGUCCGCCGUGCGUGUGGGGUGUGGGUGUGUGUGCGGAGCGUGUGUGAGCGUAUGCGGGGGCGGUGGUGACGGCACAGUGGUGGGCUGUGCUGGUCACUGUGGGCGGUGGAAGCGAUCUGGGCUGCAUCUGCUCUCCUGCCCCGCGCCCACGGGGUCUGCCCGACCCCUGCGGCUCCAUGGACCCUCGGUCCACCUGGCACCCAGGGCCUGGGCUGCCGGCCCUGGCACCUGCUGGCUCCAGCCUGGCCACCCGCCCACCAUCCUGUGAGGUGGGGCCGCUGCCCCGGGGCAGCCCACGCAGUCCGGAGCCACGUUGGGUUUAUGUUUGUUUGUUUAUUUGUUUUCGUCUUAAUUCAGAUCUAUUUCAUGUAUGGUUUGGAAACUUUCAGACCCAAAAGAGCAAAAAAAUUAGGGAGGAUUGGGGUCCCUGCCCCAACCCACUACGGCUUGGGGGUGGGUCCACCUGGAUACCAUGUCCCCCUGCCCGCCCCGGCCAGGUCCCACUCACCUCCUGUUGAAGUGCAGCCAGGGUGUGUUCCGGAGGAAGGGAGCGGGGGGCUGGGAUGGGGCUGGAGCCAGGCCCCUCGGUGCUGGGCUCCCUCGGAUGUGCUCCGAGCCCUGGGGUAUGCGCGCCUCUGACGCGGUGGGUGGGUGGGUGGAUGGUGGGCACAGGCCUGAGCUGGGGCGAUUUGCAGGUGCACGGGUUCUGGAAUGCAUGGCGGGCGGGGUGGCGGGGGCGUAGAAGUGUUGGUUUGAGGCUGGAAAGCUCACUGUGAAGUUUAAUUGCUGUUUGCGGGGAGGGGCGCAGGCUGUCCGAAGUGCUCGUGUCCAGACGUCCAGGGGCUGCCUUCCCCUCGAGUCCCAGGCAGCCCCCAGGCCUGGCCAGAGGCACACCCCACCCCCAGACUUGAGCGGGCCUGCUGCUUCCCCCCCCGCCCCGUCUCGUCCCCUGUCGGGCAGGCGUGGCUCAACCCUCCUGACCCGCAAAGUGGAGCCGCCCUCGUGUGGGUCCCAGCGGGAGGCAGCCUGGGGACAGAGCGGGGGGCUAGGCUCGUCCUGCUGACUGCAGCCCUCCCUUGUGGAGGGCCCUUGGGGGAGACCUGGGGGGGUGGGCGGGGGCGCCUUCCAGCCAGGCCACACAGGUGCCUGCCCUCCAGAGAGCGCUGAUGGCUCCGGGCCGGGGUCGGGGGACCCUGGGUGGGCACUGGCGCAGGGAGGGCCGAGCCCUGUGGUCCCGGCCCAAGGGGCUGCAGCUCCUUCCUGCUGGGGCUUCGGACCAACCACCUGGCCCAGAGGCGGGCCUCCUCUGUCUCAGGCCCAGGUGGGAUUGGAGCUGGCAGGGCCCCCCCCAGGCCCACAGCCCACCAGGGGCCAGGACCAAGUCCUCCUGGAGUUGGGAGGAGGCCACACCCCCUAAGCUGUCAGGAGGCUGUGGGGCGGGGCGUGGUGGGUGAGGCAGACCCCACCGUCCCCCGCUCCAGACGGAGGUCCCCUCAUCUGUCCCUGCCCCACGGUUGCACUUUCAUUCCACCAUCCCUGGGGACCUUUGGGGGCUGGCUGCCCGUCCUGGCUGUUGACAGAAGGGCUCGCUCUUCCCUUCUCCUCCACUCCAAGGUGGGCACGGCCCUCACCCGAGGCCAGGACGAGGAGGGGUGCCGCUGGUCCAGCGGGGGAGGCGGGGGCCUCCCUGAGACGGCGGCCUCCCUGAGACGGCCUCACCGCCGCUCAGGCUAGCACAAUGUCCCGUGACCUCUGUCCUUCCAUUGUUUAUAAUCGCCGUCUGUUUUGUUGUUCUGGGUAAGGAAGGCAAGAGCUACAGGUGAAACUUUAAUAAUAAUCAAAUGUGAAUGGGUUCUGAGCUCUCCCUGCGCCCCGGGCGGGCCAGGCCGAGCGUUUUGCACUAAUGUGUCCCGCGGUGGACGUGGGUUGGGAGCGUUGCAGACGGGCGUGGCUGAUGACUGUAUCUGCCGGGGCGCUCCCUCUGCGUCCUGAAUGUUCCUCGGGGUGGGCGGCGGCGGGCCUGGGCUCGGAGGGGCCUUCCAGAGUGCCUUAGCAUCUUCUGAUCAUUUUUCCCAAGGAAAACCAAUUAAGAGAACCAGACCCUCCCCCUCCUCUGUUUACAAGACGACUAAUUCCUGUCCUGUGAGCGUGAUCCUGACUCACCCAGACCCUGUAGACCGAGAGACAAGCCACUCAGUAUUUAUGAGAUGUCUGCACCUUUAUCCCUAAGCUUGACUAUUAGCAAUACGCAUAUAACUACAUAGAGACUAUUACAUAGAGCUAAGUCCUGUCAGCGCCUUUGGAGGAGAGAAGGACUGGGCCCGUCCCAGCGGCUGUGGCGGGCGGCUGGCCUGAGCUCCAGCGGCCGCCUGCCCUCUCCUGCCCUCCCCAGCGGCCGGGGUGUGCCGGGGAAGCAGCUGGGACGAGUGCAAAGGUCCAGGAGAAGGGACGGGAAGAUGCGACAUACUGUGAGCUCGGUGGGGCCGCCCACGGGGCCGGCGGCCUUGGUACUUGAAUCCCAUCUUGCUUUCUGCACAUGCCUGGUCUCGCCCAGAGUCCUCUGUGGUUGCUUAACCUUGCAUUUGAUUUGAUUGGCUUUCCUUGCCUCUGAAUGUGGACGAGAGGCGAGGGGAGAGGCCUCUGAGGUGCAGCCCUUGGCCCCUGCCCGCUGUCCCGGAGCCGGGCCUGUUUCUCCUCCGUGAAAACGCAUUCCUCGGCGGCCUUAGAGGAAGGAGGAAUGCAGAGAGAGGCUCGCCCUGGGAGGGGUCUGCUGUGUGCCCGGCCCUGACCUGUCCCCAUUUGAUGGCCGGAACCCUCCAGCACUGGCCCCGUGCGUGCCACCCUAGCCGUUGAUGGCUUAGAUGCCCCUCCAACGGGUUAUCUUUAUGGAAAUAUCUUGCUGCAAGUAGAAAAAGGCCUAGGGCCCAUUAACCAGCUGAAAACUCAGAGAAAACCUCUGUUUGCCUCUGCCAGCAGUAAACCCUAAACACAGAAUUGAGAGUUCAGAGCCGUCCUGAGCUUUAACUACUGUUUCCAAAUGUUGCUGCUGCAUGAAUCUGUCGUUACGUCAUCCAGCCAGCUCCGGGCGCGUCACCCGCCGGUGGCCGGAGACCACGGGGGGCUCGGUACAAGGUGUUUCUGACCUAGCAAGGGUUUGUGGGUUCUGUUUGUUUGUUUGUUGUUUUGUUUAUUUGAGAAAAACGGAAAGGAAAGUGACGCAGUGUCUAAAGCGUUCAGAUCGGACGACCUGCUUGAAUUCUGGUCAGUGCUUCCCUGUUAGUGUUUUGCAGAUGAUUGUAAUUUUUAUGUCAAAAGAAGCCAAAACUUGCAAUACUAUUUUUAGCAAAAAAAAAUAAAAGAACUAAAUAUAAAAUGUAUAAAUAUUUUUGACUUGAACACUUGGAUGGCACUGGGUGCAAAUAGACCAUUCAUCCUUUGGAUGGAAUGUUUGGGGAAAAAGAGACUUUUGACGAGGAGACGGUUGCUGUAAAGAGUCCGUGGAGUGGCUAUGUAGUACUGUAACUCACGACUGUUAAAAAUAAAUCAAUAAAUUGUCCUGUGCUGUAUAAAGGAGGCCUGUUUCACGGUAACACUGAGUUCCAUUUCAGCUGCAGAAGAGGCUGGCUUUUUUUGUUUGUUUUACUUUUCUUUUUUUUUGUUUUUUGUUUUUUGAAGAAGAAGGAGGAAACCUCUGUUUGCUCCUCCGGCGCCUCCCUCUCUUCCGUGCUGCUAAUUGGCAGAGUCCAGACUGUUGCUUUUUCGCCACGGCUGACACCGUAUCGUAACUCAGAAGACAACGUCCGCCAGCGACCAGGAAACCGAGGGCUUGCAGUGUGCUCAGAGCCGGUUCAGGAGGCGAAAUCCGUUACAAACAAACAAAAGGAUGUGAUCGUUCAUUGUAAAGCGCUUUGUAAAAUUCACAUUUACAGAAUAAUAAAGUCAGUUCAAACCCA